UGUCGCACAGGCAAAAAAAAUUUCAAAUGAAAGAAAUUUUUUCUGUUUCUGACUUCGGAGUCUCAAGGGCACUGGUGUUCCUCUAUAAGUCAACUUCUUACCUGUGCUGAAAGAUACCCAAUCCAUUCCUGGUUCUGUUAUGGAUUUGCUACUGUUUUCACUUUCUACAGACAGAACGUCCCUCAUCUCCACUGAUCCUGUUGAGCUAAAGCAGUCAAGGUCACCUAUGUCCCUUCUAUAAGAAUUCUGCACCACAGCAGCUUUCUGUGGCAUUAAGUGUGAAGGAUUAAGCAGUCAAAAGCAUCUAAAAAUCAUGAGAAUUACAUUAUGAAACAUUCCUUGCAGUUGAAAUUUUCCCCUUUUAUAAUGUAGUUUUGAAAAUGCAUAGUCAUAAAGUAAAGCUGUGGGCCAAAUGUAUAGCUUGAGGACCAGAGGUCUAUCAACACAUAAAAAUUGACUUUUCCAUGGCUGCGGUUAAAUUAGCCUCUUGUCAGAUAUUCCAAGCUUUACAGGUUAGUUAAGAGUUGCUGUUAAAUGUCCUUUCCUUUGUUGUCGGCAUGAGUGAUGUGACCGGGCACAAUGUGUGCAGCAGUCUAAUUUUAGAAAUCCCAUAGAAGUGGUUUGUGAAUGGCACUUUCUGACGAAGGGACUGUCUUGGUGACACAAGAGAAGAAGUGUGUUGGACAGAUUUACAGACAGCCCAAGCCUUGGUGGCUACAGGAGAUAUAAGGGCAGAGUACAGAGCCCAGAGUGCAAACAGUGACAUGCAGAGACAAGAGACAGAGCCAGAGAGUAGGAAUUGCAGCAUGUGAAGGGCAGUGCAUUUAUUGUGCUGCCUGUAACAGGAAACAAUCUGUCAUUUGAGAAAAUAAAUCGGUGGAAAGAAGGUACAUUGGAAGUGUUAAAGACUUUAGUGGCACACAGUUGCUGCAGAGAAAGGUUAUUAUAUAUUAGCCAAGUCAGCACCACCCAUGAAAUUGAAUCAACAAGGCACACGUACAGUGCAGUGUAGAUCCUCUACAGUUCCAACAACUUUUUCCUGCCGCAUCCGUAGAAAAUAGCAGAGUCCUGUUACUUCAUUUGCCUUCCAAAGAGCCGAUCUGCAACCUGAAGACUUCUCACUGAGUAAGUUAAGGGCAUACCUAGGGCAAUGAACAUGAGUGAGAUGGAUGAGAAUGAGGAGAUCCUGCAGAAGAUGAUCCAAUUUACUUCAAAGUCCCUGCGGCACAUAUCAAUGAAGGAGCAUUACCGGGUUAUAAUGGAGCUGGGCAGUGGUUCUUAUGGACAUGUUUUACAAGUUGAGCAUAAAGUGCAAGAUAAAGCCAUGGCCCUAAAGUUAAUGAGGAAGAAGUCAACAAAGAAGGAAAGAUUUCUAAUGGAGUAUUGUGUAUCACUGUGCCUAUCAUCACACCCCAACAUUAUUGGAACCCUUAGAGUGGCCUUUGAAACCAACAAAUAUUAUGCCUUCGCACAGGAGCUAGCAACGGCUGGAGAUCUAUAUUCCAUUCUAGAACCUGGAGUUGGACUACCCGAGAUGAUGGUGAAACGCUGCGCAAUGCAGUUGGCUGAAGCUUUGGAUUUUGUGCAUAGCAAAGCUUUGGUUCAUCGAGAUGUUAAACUAGACAACAUAUUGAUUUUUGAUAAAGAUUGCCAUUUAGUAAAACUGGCAGACUUUGGUAUUACAAGGCUUGAGGGGUUUCUUCUCUCUCCCAUGUCAGGAACCCUUCCCUACUCUGCCCCAGAACUUUGCAGCUUAGAAGAAUCUGAAACCCUUGAGCUUGACUCCAGUUUAGAUGUGUGGGCCUUUGGUGUUCUAAUAUUCUGCAUCUCAUCUGGCUGUUUCCCCUGGGAUACAGCAUUAUGUAAGGACAAACAAUAUGAAGACUUUGCACUGUGGCAAAGCAACCAAGAUUACCUGGAAAUCCCUUCUCCUUGGAAACAAUUUACACACCAGGCUUUGGACAUGUUCCAGAAACUGCUGACAAUCAAUCCAGACAAAAGAAGACCUGCCAUUGAAAUACAGAAAUAUCUUAAGGUGCCAUGGAAAAUCAGCAGCAUUAAAGAUAACAAUAACAUGCUGGACAACUCAAAAUAUAUGGAAGAGAGUGUUGAUAACAUAAACUUUUUGCAGGAUAAUGUUGGUAAUGAAAGAACAUCCACGAAAACCUCUUCAAUGAUAUCAGAAGACUCUUCUCCAAUAAAUUCAUCAGCACAAGGAGCAACAUGGGAGGAUCAAAGACCAAGUCUAGAUGAAUGAGCAGAGGAAGUGAAUAUCAUCUCUUCAACAGACAAUGAUCAUAUCUGAGUAAUAAAGGGAGGUGAAGUUUUCAGCCCUCUAGAUUUUGCUCUAUUUAUAAUUGCCGCCAUGCAAACCAGCCUCCCACCACCUUGAUUGAUAUGGAAUGUGUACAGCAGUUUGUACAGUACGGUAUAUUUUUCAAUAAAAUAUGGAAAAUAAGCAUUCUUCUCAACACUUGUAAAGUAGCUGUUAAUAAUUACGUUAAAUACAAUAGAUUUAGUAUAUUUUGAAUAUAUAUUUUUUAUAUGUUUUUAAUAUUUUAUACACAGGUUUCAUGUAGUUAAAUGCAUUAACUAUAACAUAUAAGGUAAUGUAAUAAGAGAUACUAUGUUUGCUGCUGGUCUAGUGCUUCAAAAUAGCAGACUUGUAAAUUGUGUAUUGUGUGCUAUUAAUUGAAGGAAAUAUUGCAUCUAUUAUUACAUCACCCUCUAAGCUGCUAAAUGCAUUGUCUCUGUACACAUCUAAUUGUUAGAAAGCCUGAUGCAACAAUCUGUAUGUAGCAAAAUACAGGUAUAGGACCUGUUACCCAGAAUGCUCAGGAACAAAGGUUUUCCGUAUAAUGGAUCUUU